AUGUUUUGCAGUCAUACUAUUCAGAAAAGUUUCGUGGAAUUAAAAUCGUUUGUGGACUAUACAAAUCGAAGAGAAUUCGGUAAGACUGCAUGUCACGAACAUCAGAGCGUUUCGGACAAGCUCACGGCCCAGCGAUCUACUAAAGCUCUAAUAGCUGACACACCAGUCAAUUGUCGCUCUGUCUAUCUACUUCGACUUAAUUGUUCCGGCCGACUUGUUGCUGCGGCACACGGAGAUCGCUCUGUUUGUGUUUAUUGCGCUUCCACUGGCCGACUACUGUUAAAAUGCAUUGGUCAUGAAAAAUCUCCUUGGACACUAACUUUUCAUCCAACACAACCCUUCUUGCUUGCGAGUGGAUGCCUUGGUGGCAAUGUACGGCUUUGGAAUUUAGAGCAUUUGGCAGUACUUGGUGAUGAAAAAAUCGAGGGCAUUGUGGAACUAUCAUCUGUAUGCGUUUGGAAGCACACGGGUGCAAUCGCAUCCCUUACUUUCCAUCCAGUUCAUCCCAUAUUAGUAGCAGCAUGGACUCAAGAAGUGGUCUUUUAUGAUUGGGUAUCUGGCCGGAUACUUUCGGCAUGGCGAUUUGUAUCAAAUCAUUCACGCGUAAGAUGGGUGAAAUUCGCCCCUGAUGGAACAGUCUUAUACACAGCAACCGCCAAUCCAUCCAACAAUGAAUCAGUUUAUGUACAUAAGCAAUCUGAUCAACCAGUGGUUAGGAGCCCAACAAAAGUAGUAGCUACCAAAUACCCGAAAGAACCAUCUUAUAUCCAAGUGGAUCAUGAUGGCGUCAAUGUAACUCCCGAAGCCUCAUGUGAUCUCACAGUACCUCGUGAUACUCUUUUAGAAUAUCUUGUCAAUUGUUCUGAUUCCUGGUUUCAAAGUCUCGGUAUAUGUUCCGUUUGUUCGGUUCGUUUAUGUCGGUGGGCUGGAACUCUCGGACCUAAAUUCCCAGCAACGACGACAGAUAUUCGCCUUGGGAUGUCUGUGGCACAACAAGCCGCAGCUAUUAUGGCCACCAGUACUUCGUCCAACAUGAUACCAUCACAUGUCCAACAUCUACUGAACCUGACAAAUCCCAAUAAUCGUUCUGAAGUGUAUGAGCGUCUCUGUCGUGAUGCUAACCCAGCUGCCGUAGCCAUAAUUGAAGAUAUGCCAGUUCAUGAAUUCCUUCGCUCAAGAGGCAACUACUGUCAAUCCCCAUGGGUUGCAAUCUCGAAUAACGGUGUAUGUUGUGGUGGUCAUGCUUGUGAUUUGGUGAUUACUCAUCGCGAGUUAAUGCGUCAUUCUUUAUGUCGACCUUGCCUCUCCUCGUUUUGGUCUUGGGCUAACAAACAUAUUGCUUGGUGGCGUUGGUCGUUUUCUACAAAUGAUGAACAAUCUCUAAAUUCUACGUCAAAUGCUAGCAGUACAGCAGGUUGUGUACCAACUCGUAUAUCCUUUGGAAAAACGAAUAAUGCGGAAAAGUCUUCUGAUAUUGAGCCUCCUGUUGGCAUUUGCAUCCAGUGUCAAGCUAAAAUGUCCUUACAGUUACAAUCAUCACCCAGUGUGUCACUGACAUGUAACCAAUCUCCCGUUUUAUCUCAUGGAGCUGGUUCUGAACUUAAGGAAUCCGACGUCCUGUCAGUUAAUGGAAAAACCUCUAAAUCUCUCCGCUUAAUGCCGCUUGCAGCUUUGGAUCUUUUGCGUUCAAGGUUAAGUAAUGCUCAUGAAGUUACUCCAGUAACUUAUGUAGCCACCGACUUAAUCAACGAUUUUGUUUUCAGUCAACACAUCAAAAAACUGUUAAUCAAUGGCAGUGAUUCCGAUCUCAAUUUAUCUCAUACCCUGUGGGACUCAAAUAUUACUAUACCUUACAAUCAGGUGGGACAGAUAGUCGUGUGUGCCUCUUCUUCAUCUAAGCGUCGAAAAAUGGAUAAUCAAUUUCAGAACAAAAUACUUUUUAGUCAGUGUGGUAGUCAAUUAUCUUUUGACAAUAGCUCAAUUUUAAAGCCCGUGCUCAUGGAUUCUGAUCCAAAAGAUGAAUUAUUUGGAUCUAAACUUCCGAACACUCUUCUAACGUGUAAAUAUCGUUUGCCGCAGGAGGCCUCUGAUUUGGGCGCAUACACGCGCGACAACCCUGAUAACAAUUGGAAUUAUCCACGUCCUGCUACCGUUCACUACACUUCUAGUGUCAUACCUUGGAUGUCAUCGUCGAUUUUCCCGUACGUCCAGACUGGAGCUUCUCUGUUAAGAUCUCCCCGCCAACUUACCGAUUCUCUUUCGGAAUCCACUAUUGUGGAUCAAAUUUCAGGGUUGUCAACUUCUAACAAAGUCUCUAUGAACGAUACACAGCAUGUCGACAGUUGUGAAACUGAUCCAUGUGAAGGACCCAACCGAAGUUCAAUGACUGCAUGUUGCCGUUGUGGCCGUAUUGUUCUUCAGACAUUUCCCGUUGAUCCACACUCUAAUAUCAGUGCAGUUGUUUGUGAAAAGUUAAUUUAUUCUGAAAAUCGGUACUUAACUCCUAGUUCCCAGAAAGCUCAUGGUAACAUUCAUUCACAAUGUUCAUCUAACCAAGAUCCCCAUACUCCCACAAAUCAUCCUUCUUAUCAGUUUGACUUAUCGUCAUUGAACUCUUGUCCGUCUGGUUCUACUUCUCUGUCUAACCGAUUCAGAAACGUGGAGGCUAGAAAGUCGGAAACUGCUGAAAGAUCGGUGAAUGCCGUGCUUCAUCUGAUUGACCAAACAGGAAAUAAUUCUGUUUUAAAUGCAGUGAAUCGCAGUAUAACUGAAGUCAUAACAGGUCUCUUUGUUGAUAUGGGUGAAUAUGGAUCCGCCUCUAGUCUUCAAGAUGUUACACAUCGUAUUUGUCGGUGGGAACUAAGUUUAUGCAGUCCUAUCUAUAAUACUCCUUAUUUGUCUUCAUCUGGUGAACGUGAUUCAACAAGAAGUGUGUGCUUGCCCAUGCCAACCAACGUUGCUGUAUCAUAUAACAAUAAUAGUCUUGUUGUUCCUCACGCUCGUUUGUUUAAUGAUUCAUCUGUCUGUCUCUCACCAGAUGGACGCCUUCUUGCUGCAUUUGUUAUUCCUCGAGAAACAUCGUGCUAUACAUUACAGUCAUCUCAGUCUUCCGCUUUACUCGGUACACUUCUCGCUGUGUAUCGUCUGCAACCAGAACAUAACCGUGGUCAGUGUCUGUUCGCUCGCCGCUUCACCUCAUCUAGUCCUGUAUGUGUUGACUUCAGUCCUUUAGGAGGUUUUUUGGCAGUCGGGUUAGCAACUACACGCAUACCUUCGGAACCAUUCUCUACCACGAGUGAGUCGUCUACACAAGAAAGUCUUUUAAGAUAUGGUAGUUCUUCAUCGCUCCAGGACCAUUCAGACCUCCGUCAGCCAAACGUGAAAUGUUCGUGCCAAAGACAAUCCUCUGUCGCAUGCGUUUUCCACCUUCAACGUUCCAAAACACAGAAGGGUCAAAUUCGUCGGAGCCUGCGUGAUAUUCAAAAUAUCAAACAUCCUGCACUUUUGGAUCCUGUCUCAUCAAGAUAUCUUGAAUUAUCUAGUCCAUCUUCAGAAAAAUUAGAUCGCUGGCACCGGUUAUUACUUUCAGCUCAAAGUGGAAUCUCUUUAAAUACCAUUGUUUGGAAUGCCAAUGGCAGCAUUCUUUACGGUACUACCAAAGGUCUCAUCGUAAUUUCUCAUGGAAAUCAAUCUUCUUCCGUAUCAAUUCUACCACUCCGUUGUACCAAGUCACAUAUGCAGUCUGUGAACGACUGCGAAGUUUCUUAUAGAAGAAAACACUUUAUAAAUCAAGCACAAACUAUUACUAGUUCCUCUAACUUUUCCGUUCCUCAGUCUCGUGCUGUAAUUUAAAUACUGACUUUUUAAAUCUAUGUAUAUUUAGGUUUACUGUGCAUUUAGUUUAUCUUAAUUUUUGCUCAUUUUACUGGUAAACCCAUCUGUAAUCAUAUUUCUACUGGAUUUAAACAAAAACAGACGCUUUAUGGCGAUUCCAAUCCCACAUUCAGAGUACCUAUCUUAAUUUUCUAUCUGGAAACCGGUAGUGAUUAAAAUAAAAGUUUAUUUUUUAUAACUCCGUUCCAUUUUUUUUAAAAUAUUUAAGUUUAUUAUACUACAGUUCAUAUAGUGUUGUUUUCUCACUAUGUAAAACAGAUUUCCACUAAAUCGAUCAUGUUUGUUUAUAAACCUGCUCACUGACUAUUCAGGAAUUGUUUGUUCACUAUAUUGUACGAUUUUAACUAUUUUCCCACUUGCGUUUUACCAAAAGCAAAGAUAUUUUGUUUGAUACUAAUCGUUUCAUUUUUGUUACGCAGAAAGUUAAUAUUUAUGUUAGAACUUGUUAUUAUGUGAAAGGUUUACUUCCUUGUGUUUGUUUUCUUCUUUUGUAUAAUCUACCUCAGCUAUGUCCCAGUGAUCUUUAAUGUUACUAACUCGGUUUUACUUUUAUUUUGAAAUUCUAACUCAUUUCUUAUUAAAAAUAUAUAUUUCCGGUUUGAGUUUUAUCUGGUCUCUUUUUUUAUUCAUAAACUUAUUUUCUUUAAUUGAGAUUACAAAGUAUCUAUGAUGAAUGUGCAACACAGUGAAUUCUUUUAAGUUUAUGUAAACUACAAGUAACUUCAGUUAUGUAGAUACUUCUAGUUGUUUCCAAUUGUUUUCCAUCGAAGUCAGUUCUAAACCUUGUAAGUUAAUCGUACCUAUUGUUAUAUUUUCUCUCAUACAACAGUGAAAAAACGGGAUAAGUCACCACUCAUUUAUUUUAUCACAUAUUCUUGCUAGUAGCUUUACGAUUUUACAGGACAUAUAUAUCUUUUUAGCUUACUCAUUUCGUUAUUCUUCUAUUCGACAUUUUUUAUUAUUAUCAUUUGAUGGUGGUUAGUGCUUUCCAUAAAAUAUCUACAGUAUCCAAUUUAUUCAUUGAUCUCGGAAGCUAAAAAUAUCAAAAACACUUAUUCGUCCUGUGUAUGCCUGAACACCGAUUACCACGACGUGCAAUGCUAACCGGUGUUGGAGAUGGUUGGAAGAAAGUUAGGGGCGGCCAAACCAAAACGUGGCAUCAGUACUUGAAGUCACUAACUUCUGAUCUGAGCCAUGUUGGUAGAUGCAGACAACUUGGUUGGGGUCCGCGUGACUAUUGUAUCCAAUGGUUGGAGACUCUGGGUGAUAUGGCUCAUAAUCGACCACAACGCCGUAGGUGUAUACACUCUGUCUUCCCUUAAACUAAGAGAUUAAAAUUGCUUCAUAUCUUUCUUUUUACCAACUGAUUAUUUCUUCCCGUUAUACGUUCUUAUAUGCAAUCUUUCUUUUAUAUAAUACCACCUCUGAAUUAACUACUUUUAUGAAUCCGGUGUCCAUCUUGUUGUGUUAAUGAGGUAUGGCAACUUGGACCUAUGCAUAAAUGUGCCUGAUCCUACAUUGUAGCUGACUGACUGAGUUGCUAGUUAUUCAGAUGAUCAUAGGUACCCAUCACGGAG